GCGACGACGACAAACCUAACGGUCACUUUUUGUUUCGUGUUGCCCGUUUUUAACGCCACACAUUGCGUCAUCGCUCCAACAACGUGCGCGCGGCGCUGGCUAUUAGCAGCAGGUGUGCUGAGAGGCUCACGAGGCCCGACACGUUUUGGGGGGCAGGAUGGACCACGACGAGGUGCUGGCGAAGCUGAGGAAGGACGUCCGCUCCCUGCUCAUCUCCUCCAAGGUGGGCUUGGAGCCCGACCAGCUCCGGCGGGACUACAUGGCCAUGUUGGGGCACCCCGUGCCCCUGAAGGCCCUGGGCUUCAGACACAUCAUGGACAUGGUGGAGGAGAUGCCCGACGUGGCGUCUGUACACUUCAGGCCAGAUGGCAGCACAUUCCUCAAGGCCGUUGGCGACGAUUCCACCCGAAACAUCGAGGAGCUGGUAGCCCAUCAGCGCAUGUCUAAGACCACCAAGGCCUCCAGGAGGGGAGGCGGCAGCUACUUCUCGUCCCGCUACCGCCACCCCCCCCCCGCCGUGCUCCUCCCAAGAAGAGGCCGCGCCCCUCUGGCCGUGCCCGUCCAGCUCCGGGCUCAGCUCAGCAUCAUGCUCUCCCAGGGUCCGCUCCGGCUGUCGGACCUGGAGGCCGGCUUCCUCCGCUGCUUCGGCCACCCGCUGCGCGUCCACAACUACGGCUUCUACUCCACCGGGGAGAUGCUGGAGGCGCUGGCGGACCUGGUCCUCGUCCAGCAGGGCCGGCUGGGCUCGGUUCUGACCCUGAAGGACCACGUGCUGCCCAAGCCGCCGCUCAGGCUCGCCAGCUCGCCGAGGACCGGACCCGUGAAGCCGGACUCCAGAACUCAGACGCCUACAAACGUCUCAGUCCCAACGAAGCAAAGUCCUGUGGACCGGCCCCCCCCGGAGGCCCCGGAGCCCACCUCGGACCCUCAGGAGCCAUCAACCGGAAACGAGAACCAGGAAGCGAAGCCUGAGCCGUUCUUCCAGAAACGUGUUCGUGAGCUGGAGGAGGAGCUUCGCCACAGAAUCCUGGAGAACGGAGUCGCCGGCACGAUUAGUCCAGAGCUGAAGGAGAAGCUGCAACAGGUCGUCGGUCAGGCCGGCGGUCGAGGAUUGUCGGUGCACGAUCUGCCUGACGAGUACAAGAAGCUCUUCGGGGAGGAGCUCCCGCUCCAACGAAGCGGCUUCGUCAGCGUCACCGAACUGGUCGGCGCCAUGAGCGACGCCUUCCGGCUCAAAGCGGAGCCGAGUGGCGCCGGGCAACACUGGAUGGUCACGGGCGUCCCGGACAACGCACCAACAGGCUCCGAGGCGACCGAGUGGGCUGAUGACGCUCAGACGAGCUACUACACUCGUUGUGCCGAGUCUCGUUGGGAAGGAAAGCUGGAAGGAGACGAUGAAGACGAUGAUGAUGAUGGCCCAGCAGCCGAUGAGCACGAGGAGACGAAGACCAGCAACAACGUCAAGACCCACGAGCUGGUGUACCCGGCCAUCCAGGUGCAUCGCGGCGCGGUGCCGCUGGACGCUCUGCAGAGUCAGCGCCUCGAGCCGCCGACGCGGCACGCCGCCCGGCAGCUGGUGGAGGUCCUGGUGGAGCACGUGGAGUCGCCCGGACACUUCUACGUCAGCUUCAGUGGCAGCGAGGAGAGCGGCGCCUUGCAGGACAUGAUGUUCGACAUGAGACGAUGCUACACCUGUCCCCAGGUGAAGCAGCGGUACCGGCUCCCCGAGCGCUUCGUCCGGCCGGGCCAAGCCUGCUGCGUGUCGCCCAUGGGAAUGUGGUUCUACCGGGUGGUGAUCCACCGGGUCAUCAGCGCCGCCGAGGUGGAGGUGUACUACGUGGACUAUGGCGACGUCAUGGUGGUGCAGAGAGCCAGCCUGGCCUUCCUCAAGUCUUGUUAUUCGGUUCUUCCGGCUCAAGCUGUGCCGGCAUCGCUCGCUGGGAUCAGACCCACCGCCGGCGGCUGGACUGCAGAGGCCGGGGCUUGUUUCCAGAAGAUGUGCGCUGACUGCCCCCUGGUGGGCGCUCUGGACCGUUACACCGGAGACGUGCUGCAGCUCUACAUCUGUGACACGCGCACCAAGCAGGACCUCUAUGUCCACGCCGCGCUGCUGAGCCAGGGCCACGCGGCGGCCUGUGGGCCGGCGGCCAGCGCGGCGCUGUGUGUCCUCAACGGGCCGGUGAGUCUCUACCUGGGGGACGGGAGGGUGGAGCUGCCCGAAGUAGAGGAGGAAGAAGAAGACAUUCCUGAACUGUCACUGCAGGUAACGAGAACCGUCUCCACAUCUCAGGCAGAAGACGACGAAGAGAUGCCCGACCUGGAGGAGAUUGAGUACAGCGGGGGGCCCUAUGACCAGAUCUUCAGCUACCGUGGAGGUGAGUGGCCCCUGGCCCACCAGUCGCCCCCCCCCAGUCCUUCCUGUUGGACCCCUCUGGCUCCUCCAGACCUGAUCCAGACCACGGCACCGGCUCAUCGUGGAGCUCAUCUCGAGACGCUGACUCCUCCUCCUCCUCCGACUCCGUCCGUCACCUCCGGGUCACGGGAUCCUCCGAAAGAGGAGCAACACGAGGUCGCCGCCCCCUUGUUGGACACGCCCCCUUCUAUUCUGAGGACCCUGAGCCUCCUCACCCCGGCCCUGGGCCAGAUCCACAACUACACUCGGGGCAUACCGAUCUCUACGGGCUUCUGGCAAAACUCUGGCAUGCGGUUCCCUUUGUUUGGGUCCCGGUAGGCCGGUUCUCCUUCAGCCAGACCCAGAACCACGGAGGCCGACCCCGAAGGAGAGAGCGGUCCUGUCGACGUCAUUCACACUCGGAAAAAGUGGCAAAAGCAUUUUUUAUAAGAAGUUAUUUUUAAAGUCGUCUGGAUGCGUUCACCUGAGUAUUGGUGUGUUGACGAGGAGUUGGAGCACUGGCCCUUUAAGAGUUACAGGAAGUGGACGUCUGUUCUUUUUUAAACGUAGAAGCCGGUGAAAGUUUUAGUUGUUCCACGGGAACGUUUCAUCUGAGGCCGUCGAGAUGUUUGACGUGUUAAACGGUUUCAUUUCUUUAUAAAUACUAAUAUAUCUGUUCUGGACCGGUUCAAAUACUGUUAAAAUAAACAUUACACAAGUCACGA